CAGAGAGGGAGAUAAAUGCACACAAAGGGCGAAAGAUGAAACCCCACAAGGAAGAGAGGCUUUGGUUGAGAGAAACCGAGCAAACAGAGAGAGACUUACAGAGCCACCACAAACACAAAGAGGCAGAUUUAAUUUUCUUCUUACAGAGAGAUACUCUCGUUUUGUUUUAAAGAAAUUCUUGCUUCUCUCUAUACAGAGAGCAAGUAAUAUCAUAUAGUGUUUGCUCUUGAAGGAGUUUCAUUUCUCAUGCUACCUCUUGACAUGGAGAAAGAAGAGAGAAACCAGAGAGCUACUUGUAAAGGUUUAGAACCAGAGUUUUUCUUGCAGUGGGGAAAUAAAAAGAGGCUUAGAUGUGUUAGAGUUAGAGACCCUCAAAUCAUUUCUCAGAGAUCUGAUGGUGUUUUUCGCAGGAAAACCACUUCUAGGAUUGAUAGAUUUGUUGUCUCUUCUGCUACUACAGAGAAAGACACUUAUCUUCCUCAAUCUAAUCGCCUCACAAGGAAUUCUGAAGCAGCGAUACUUAGGUCCAGUGUGACUGAGAACAGGAAAUCAUCUUCACCGGAGAAGGAGGACCGGUGCUAUACUACAAGAGGGUCAGGGAUUCUGGAUGAGAAUGGCAAGGUUUCAAUGGAUGGUAACACUGGAGAUGAUAAAGGACAUGUUUGGCCAAAACUAUUCAUUACUUUGUCAAGCAAAGAGAAAGAGGAAGAUUUUAUGGCUAUGAAAGGGUGUAAGCUUCCUCAAAGGCCUAAAAAGAGAGCCAAAAUUAUACAAAGAAGUUUACUUUUGGUAAGCCCUGGGGCAUGGUUGACUGAUAUGUGCCAGGAGAGGUAUGAAGUCAGAGAGAAGAAGAGUUCUACUUCUAAGAAGAGACCAAGAGGAUUGAAGGCCAUGGGCAGUAUGGAAAGUGAUUCAGAAUAACUUUCGUUACACUUUAGCAGCAGAGAGGCUUAUUGUUUUUCUAUUGAUUUUUUUGGGAUUUUUUUGGGAGAAGAUGAUAGUUGGUGGCUGGAAUCUGUUGCAAGGAAAGAUAGAGAGAGUAAGCAGUCUCUGCAUGGAUUGUAUGUUUGUUCCUGUAAUGUAUAGAGUAAUUUUUCUGCUGUCUUA